AAAAAAAAACGUCCCUAAUAUGACCAUAAAUAGUCUUUCGUCGUUUGUGUUAGGUCUUUUGAUGGUAACACCGUGGUAACACUAUGGUAACCUACAAUUGUUGCCCAUAUUAGACAUCCAUCCAAAUAUCGACAGAAAAAAUGGGUCGUACGGCAAGAAGAAAUAGCGAGCAAGACCUCUUCUUCAAUAAACAUUCAAGUCGAAAGAAAAAUAACCUAUGUGCAAAGUGUAAGAAGGAAGAAAGUUUCGAUGGUCGUUGGAUACAAUGCGAUACUUGUCAUUUAUGGUACCAUACAGCAUGCGUAAUGAUUAAACUUAAUGACAGUGGUGAGUUUAAUGGUGACUACUAUUGUCAACUAUGUACCGGUGUAUCAGAUCCAAUUAUUCCAGAAAUUCGCCCGAGGCGUUUUCUUAUUUGAAAAGAUAAAAAUGGCUCGAGUAUAGUUAAGUAUUAACUUGGCAGUUUUUUUUCCUCUUCCCUCUGUUUUUUUUUCCCUCGUCUAUUUAUUUAAUAGCGAAGAAGAUUGUCAACUGAACAGUAGGCUUUCUCCUUCAUCGUCAACCUCCUCUUCUUCCGGUGCAAGUGGACAAUCUACUAAGAAAUAUAAAAAUGGGACUUCACAUACGACACCUUCUACACUUUCUCCAUUCAUGCCUACAUCUUUUUUAGAAAUUGGGAAAUAUAAAAAGGGAAACAAUCAUCUUCAUCGUAAUUUCAAUGACGUUGAAGAAAUCCCAAAGAAAAAAAAAUGUAAACUGCAAAAAUAUGAAACA